UGUUGUUGUUUCUGAGUUCAGUUUUGGAGUCAGUGAGGGCGUGAGAACCAGAUUAUGUCUGGAGGCUCUAACAGGUUUGACUCGGUGAUAAACCAACAGCCUCCAGACCAGAACACACAGCUGAUGUGUUAAAGUAACCACAACUGUUUACACUGGUUGUUCACCUGCUCUCAGCUAUGUACCCAACAUCACCCAACACCACCUUGCCGAUCGGGCCUGGCUCCUCUGACUGAUGCGUCUGUAGAGAAAUAUUUUAACAUGAUGAAGACACAUAAUCAGAAGAUGAUUCUGGAUAAUAAAAGUGAGACGAACAGGUCGAUUGUCACACAGACGGACGAAGAACAUCUGAGGUUAUACUCCAGUUUGUGGAUCCACUGAGACAGUCAUGCGUUCUGCUGUGGUGUCGGCUGUCGUUCUGCUCCUGGUUCUGGUUCACAUCCAGGACUCUCUCUCCAAUUCGGUUCGAACCAUGUACCUGCGGAAGUAUCCACUCAGACCCUGUGGCGGCGGAUGGAUCCGGGUGACCAGCAACAAGUGUGUGAAGUACUUCAGGCUGUCCAAAACCUUCUGGGAGGCCCAGAGUCACUGCACCGGUCAGGGAGGUCACCUGGCGUCGAUUCACAACACAGACGAGAACGGGCACGUGAUGUGUUUGAGCGUGAGCACCCACAAAAAAUCCCUGACAUCUAAUGACUAUUUCUGGAUCGGUGGAAGGAGCUCAGCCCCGCUGUCUGGCUAUGGAUGGACCGACAAAUCUGCGUUUGGCUUCACUAAAUGGCACCCUGGGCAGCCAGUGAAUACAGCCAGUCACACCUGCGUGGCGAUGAACUACAAACACAAGUCGCUCCAGAUGAACUGCGCCUCGCCUGCAAAGUAGACGAGAGCAGGCAGCUGCAGCAGGAGGCGGUGACAAAAAGCCGCGGUGAAGUCAAACCGUUUCCUGACAGUUCCCAGCAGCCUUCAGUCCAUACAGGAAGUCACAGAAACACUCACUUCCUGUCUGAUAUUAUGUCGAUUUAUUAAAACACAGUCAGACUCAUAUAUCAGUUUGUUCUCAGUCUUCAGCUGUUUUAAUUAUGAUGGAGUAAGUUAUUAAAAUGUUUUACAGGUGAUCUGUAGUUUAUGUUCAUGGUUCAUGGUUUGACCUGUCGCCAUGGCAACAGAGACUGAAUACACUGUCUGACUGUAAGCUUCAUAUUUUAUACAAGACAACAGCUUUCAUUAAACAUCAGUCGGAUACAGUCAGAGCUUCACAUCUGUACACGUUAGUUUGAGAAUAAGCAGCAGUCUGUGAUGAUGUUAAACACAAUAAUUCAAACUGACUUGAACUCAUUCAUGAAAACAAUUUCAGAGACACGGACUGAGGGCAUAAAAAGUCUUUGAUCUUUAAAUGAAUCCUGUGAAAAAUGAGAGCACAACAAAAGUGUUGCUUUGAGUUCAGGUUCAGUGUAAAUAUAUAUUUACAAUUUACAGAAUUAUGUGACUUGUAUAUGGACAUUGUUUGUUGUUGUUUGUUGUCCUUGUCUUUAGCUGUUUCUCUGUUUCUGUCUCCUGUAAAUCGUUGCGUGUGUGUUCACGUGUUGGGCCCACGCAGCAGGUCAUGAAACAUGAGUCAAACACUGAUGUCACUGAAUAUGUGUCUUCCAGACUGGGGCGACUGGACGAACAUCGACUGCAACAGCAAGAAGAACUUUGUGUGUGUCAGAUAAAUGUGAUAGUCAUCAUGAAGUCCUGAGCUGCAGUUUGAUGUUAAUCAAUAAUCAAUACACAAACUGUCUGAACUUAAUAAAUGAU